GUAUCAAUGCGUGGCCAGUCGUUAUCGGCGGUCGAAGCGGUGCGCGUGUUUACAUCUACGAAAAAUUACAAAAAAAAAAAUAUUGUUCCUUAUGGGCUUACAGUGCAGUGGUAUUUAAUUUUAAUAAUUGAGUUAUUCGGUGUACUUUCAAAAUGGCCAGUGCUUUAGCUAUGUUGCAAGAAUUGGGGCAAAAAGUCAAGGGGAAGGAUUACCAGGAAUGCAGAACCCUGCAGAUAAAUAUGCCCCCGCCAACUAACGUUGAUAUUGAGUUCAGGAAUAUUUCACUGAGCGUCUGGAUUGGAUUAAGAAAAAACAAAAAGAAACAAAUAUUAAAGGAUGUGUCAGGCCACUUCAAGUCCGGAAACCUCACUGCCAUCAUGGGACCGUCUGGAGCAGGGAAGUCUACCCUUAUGCAUGCGCUGACAGGCUUCGGUACUAAUGGAGUGAAGGGCUCAAUACGAGCUGGUGACAAAAUAUGUGAACUGGGGAAAGGUAAAUCGUUGGACGCUUUAAAAGCGUAUCGGAAGAGGUUGUGUUAUAUCUUACAAGAUGACAGACUGAAUCCACUGUUCUCUGUCAGCGAGCUCAUGAACUUCGCUGCCGAUUUGAAAUUAGGAAAUAUGUUGACACCGAAACUAAAGGCAUCUGUGAUUGCAGACAUUUUAGAAACAUUAGGAUUAGUUGGUACGGAGAAUACGAGAUGUUGCAAUUUAUCUGGUGGUCAGAGGAAGAGGCUCUCAAUAGCAGUUGAAUUGAUUGAUAAUCCACCUGUCAUCUUCCUGGAUGAACCCACCACUGGUUUGGAUAGCUUAACAUCUGCACAGUGUAUGGGGAUGCUGAAAAAUCUUGCCCGUGCUGGCCGUACCAUAGUCUGCACAAUACACCAGCCAACAGCACUCAUUUAUAAGAUGUUCGAUCAGGUGUACGUGGUUGCAGAAGGAAUGUGCAUUUACGACGGGCCCAGUGAUAACACAGUUCCGUAUCUGGCGACGAUGGGCUUCCAAUGUCCAAAGUACCACAAUCCAGCCGAUUAUAUAUUAGAAAUAGCGAACACAGAAUAUGGCAACUUUAACGAGCUCUUGGCAGCGAGAUGUUCUCGCGAUCAAAAAAGUGAGAAGGUUCAACAAACAGAGCCAGUUUCACCAACAUUCACACGAGGAAAGAUGUCCAUUAUGGUUGGCAAGCCGCACGAAGUAUAUAAGUUUUGGAUCUUGUUGAAGAGAUGCCUUUUACAACAAUACAGAGACUGGACGGUGACCCAUCUGAAGGUGUUACUACAUUUAUUGAUUGGUGUACUCUUGGGGCUGGUGUUCGACCAGUCAGGGAGCGAUGCCUCUAAAACCUUUAGCAAUCUUGGCUUCUUCCUCGUCUCUACCGUGUACCUGUGCUACACUUCACUUAUGCCGGCUGUAUUAAAGUUUCCCAGUGAGAUGCCAAUAUUAAAAAAGGAAAAUUUUAACAAUUGGUACAAUUUGAAGACCUACUACAGUGCUUAUUUGAUUACAACAAUACCAAUUCAAAUAUGGUUCAGCCUUGUGUAUUCGGCGCCGUCGUACAUACUGACAGGACAGCCGAUGGAGUGGUCACGCUUCGGGAUGUUCGUUCUGGCGCUCGCUAAUGUUACGUUACUGGCGGACGCCAUUGGCAGCGUCAUUGGCUCAUGUCUCAACCCUAUUAAUGGAACCUUCAUGGGCGCUAUAACGACGUGCGUCAUGCUGGUAUUCGCCGGUUACUUGGUGCUGGCGGCACAUAUGCAUGCCGUCAUGAAGUUCGUAUCGUACGGCUCCUUCCUCAAGUACGCCUUCGAAAGUGUAGUACUGUCUAUCUACUCAUACGAUCGCCAGCCGCUCAACUGUCCUGACUCCCGUGUCUACUGCCAUCUGCGGCAUCCAAGGGAAAUCUUGAAGGAGUUGAGCAUAUCACCCGGCAGCUAUUGGAAAGAUAUCAUGAUAAUGGUGAUCGAGAUUGUGGUGCUAAGAAUUAUCGCCUACUGGACCUUACGACGGAUGCUUAAAAAGUCUGUUUAAAAUAUAAGUCUUAUUUGUAAGAGCUAUUCGUAAUGAUUUUAUAAUAAUUAAAAUUUCUGAAAUUUUGUUUUCUAUGCCCAAGAGAAUUUCGUUGUUGAGCAUUGAGCAGCUGUAGUGUUAGAUCAUCUCAGCAGACAAAUGACAUUCGAUUUUAAAUAUCAGAGUCACGGGCGCAGUGAAAUAUAACGACUUUCAGCUGGUCUUCUGCUCGUUCUGUCGUUUACUUCCAUAGGUUCCUUACAACACGACAGCAGUGAAAACUUCAGCAAGACUAAACUGUUUUUUUGUUCUGUAGGUUAUGAUUAAUAAUAUAAAUAUAUCAAUAGAAUCAUCAUUGUAUAUAAGCUAGGUAGGUACUCUGGGAAAUUCUGUUCUGAAUGAAGGAGCUCCCUUAAUCGACUCGAGCCUACCUUUUUCUGAUCGAACGUAUAGAAUUUAAAAACAAACUAAAGCUUAAGUUUUAGUUUUUUACUUAGUUCAAACUAAACUUCCGCUUCGGUGUCUCAAUCUCAUUUAGGCCUAUCGCAGACGAUAGACUAUCCGUGACGCACUUUUUAGUCUAUGAUAAUAAAAUCUAUAGAAUUAUAAGCAGUAACGCAUACGGUGGUGAUUCUCGUAAGCUGAUGAAUUGAUUUCCAAAAAAAACAAAGGUCUAAAAGAACGAGUUUUUUCCAAGCUUUCAUUUAUAAUGUAAAUAUAAAUCCAUUUUAUGAAAACAUGGAACAUACCAUAAUAACCGAUCUCUUAUCAGUAAAAACAGUUUUUUUAGUUCAGGGAAUUCGAUAAUAAAAAUUAUUUUUAUUACCACAUCAAAGUCAGAUCAGGUAUGAAAGAAGAUUUAUAUUUUUAAAUUAUUGUAUUUAUUUUAUGAAAACGUUACCAAUAUUUUACAUACACUUUUUAAAGCAUGGUUCAAAUGAUUAGCAGAUCGUUAAAUGUUACUAAAUUACUUUCUUACUAGUAACAGACAUUUUAUAAAAUUUAUUUGGAUAUAGUUUUAGAAUGCUUAAUAGGAAACAGUCCCUUUAACAAUCUCUAUUUAUUCUUCUUUUUUUGUAUCUCUAGUACGAAAUAAUACACCGCAAUCUCUGUACUUGCAUAGCGUGUAAGUUCCUACAGUUCUGACGACAAAAUGACCGGAAAUGCGCGGUAGGCCUUAAUAUCUCAAAAUGAUAAUAUAGUGUUUAGCGCGCCUACGGAGUUUUCACUUCAAAAAUUGAUACUAAAAUAUAAUAAUUCACUAUUAUUGAAUAAACACAUAUCCAUAAUUAUAUUUUGCCGCAGGACGGUUUUGUUGGUUCAAAACCAAUAUCCUUCAAAGAAAGCAGAAACAGAUUUAUCGUAAAGAAUUACAACAACCACAUCAUUACAAAAAAAAACAUUUUAAUAUUUUAUAGAUUCACAAGUUUAUAAUGGUGGUUAAGUUAGGUUAAGUCGGAUCUAUUAUAAAAAUAUAAUAAGUAUUUAAAUUAUAUACCUGUUCAAUAUUGGUAUCAAUACUUUAGGUAUAUUGGUUAUAGUUAUUUAUGUAACUGUUGUGUAAUAAGGUGCAUUAAAACACAAAUGUGGGUUUAUGACACGAGGCGAAGCCAACAUAAAAGCCAAAAUGAAAACUCUCAUGUGAUAAUAGUAUCACAUGUGUGUUUUUAUACCUAAUUAUCAACAGUUACAUACAAGACUUUAUCUACACCCAUAAUAUGAAACCUCUAUAAAUGAUUUUGAAACAGUUAGCUUACUGCUAACAUUUAAAAAACCAGUCGUAGUAAUCAUCCAAACGAGUGUUGUAAUGUUGUAUUGAAUUUCAUUACAACACUCGUUUGGAUGAUGUAAUGGUUAUUAGGACAUUGGGUGUUUUAAUGUUGGCAAUAAGCUAACUGUUUUAGAAUCUUUAAUUGAGCAUUUAAAGCAUGGGUAGUAGAUAAAGAAUCAAAAUAAAUUUAAAAUAGUGGAGAUUAUGAUGAUUGAAACAUUUAAGGAAAAAUAUGGGAAUAGUACAAAAGUAUGUGCAAGCUUAGUUAUAUAUAUAUAGUUACCUAAAGCACAAGAUAAUAUAAAAUAUUCCAGUUGUUUUUAUUGUUUUGUAUGAUAAUAAUAAGUUUAAGGCAGUACAUAAUAAUAGGACUUACGCUCUUUACUAAAUAACUAAUUACAAUUUUAUUUAGUAAUUUAUCUACACCCAUGCUUUAAAUCCUCUAUUAAACAUUCUGAAACAGUUAGCUUAUUGCCAACAUUAAAACACCCAAUGUUCUAAUAACCAUUACAUUACCCAAAAGAGUGUUGUAAUGUUGUACUGAAUUUCAUAACAACACUCCUAUGUUUUUUUUAUCCCUUCAUGCGCAAAGAGUUUCAACAUACAGCCACAUUCUUAUUGCUCGAUGCAUGGUAUCUGUAUGAAUUUCAAAAAAAAACAUUUUCGUUUACGCGCGCUCCACACUCCCAGAACGUCACGCGCCGUAAAAAAAAAGUAGGUUAUUCGAAUCCCCGCCAUUUUUCUUCGAUAUUUUUAUUGUUUUGUUUAGAAAAAAUGAGCGAUUCAUUUUAAACGCUGCAAAAGAACAUUAUAUUCGAGUGAAUUUUAAUUUUUGCUCUAUACAAAAUGUAAAUUACUACUAAAAUAAAUAAUUGUUUCAUUAAUACUUAUUUUAUUAGUACAUAAUCAGUAACGAAGGAUAUUAGGUUACUACUAGGACUGGUGUUUUAAUGUUAGCAGUAAGCUAACUGUUCCAGAAUCUUUUAGAGGAUUCAUAUUAUGGGUGUAGAUAAAGUCUUGUAUGCAACUGUUGAUAAUUAGGUAUUAAAACACUCAUGUGAUACUAUUAUCACACUCGGCUUCGCCUCGUGAGAUAAAUACACAUUUGUGUUUUAAUACCCCUUAUUACACAACAGUUGCAUAAAUAAUUGUAAUCAGUAAUUUAAUAAAGAGGUUAAAGAGCGUUUUUUCGAAUUAUUUCAUUGUUUGAGAUUGUUUGUAUUGGAAUUCCAUUUUUAUAAAAUUGUAAAUAGAAACGACAAUGUGUUUGGAAUGGUCAUAAAUAAAGGAAGACUUACAUAAUAAUUUCACGUGAAAAAUAUGUGUUGAUUUUUACAUUUUAUUAAUUUGUUUGUGUUCACUAUGUCCGAUUUCUUGCAUUAAUUCAAUAAUAGUGCCACCCUUGCCGGUUACAUAUUUGAUUAAAAUUUUAUAAAUAUAAAAUUAGAAAUUAGUUAAAAUUAAUAAUUUUAUUUAUGUCUUCUAUACGUCCUUUGAAAAUAUUGUCAUAUUUCAAGCUUAGAUUACCUAUAGCUAAGCUAGGGGCGGAGUAAGAAAAAAUACCAGUCUAUAAUUUUUUUGCAUUGCAUUUAGUAUAUAUAAUAUUAUAUUUUAUGAGUAGGGUUUCUGACUAAUUUAUUAUAUAAGGGGACCAAAUAUUGUAUUAGUUUGGUAAUUUUUUCGAUUACUUAUAGUUUUGUAUGAUAGUACCUAUAAGGUUACCAAUUUAGAAAAUGUUAGCAAUUAAUGUAUGAAAGUUACGAUUCUUCGAGCAUAAUGUUCUUUUUAUCUCUAUAUAACUUACCAAUGUAUGAUAGCAAUAAAAAUAUACUAUUACACUUUAUUUCCAUCCUUAAUAUAAUAUAUCACAAUACAUACAUAAUAUACCACGGACUAGUAAAAAAAUAAGGACCAAGCGCCAUGAUAUUAGCAAGUGAAGCACCUUUAUGCUAGUGUGUGUGCGGUUACGGAGUAUACCAGAUACACAAUUUUUUCUCCCUUAAAUAAUCAUAUAUCCACAAAUACUUUAUAUUAUAUAGACAGCAUUUUUAAAAUAUUUCAUUGCGACGCAAACUGAUCUGUCACAGACGAUGGCAAAUCUCAUAAUAGCGGCCGAUCGGCUUGUAUUAGUGUAAGUGGCGCUAUGUAUUUACACGUUUACUGGCUUGUUUUGGUGCUUCACUGUUAUGUAAGGUGACACGGAGUCCUUCUCAUUUUACUCGUCCGUGACAUAUACAGGGAUUUAAGUUUAUGUCUGAAAUUAAUUUAUUCAGACUUUUCACUAUAUACUACUUAAAAUUUCAAUAGAUAUAGACACUAUGUAGAUUGAGUGGAGAGAGUUUUAUGGUAAACAAAAUUAAUAUACACAAAAUUGUAAACGGUAAUUGCUCUACUUGGUAUUGGUAGGUAUUGUAUUUUGUUUAUAGUUAGGUAUGUAAGUGUAUUGGCAUUACUGCGAUAUAUUUUUGAAGAUGGUAAAUAAAUUAUGUACAUUAAGAAAAAGGUGGAAUCUAAGCGAGAUUUUCGUCUGCAUAGAAAAAUUAUUGGAUUGUUUAGAAAUAUUGCUUUCAACAUCUCAUAGAUAACAAUGGAGGAAGGUAUGGCAACUUUCAUACACCAAAUUGUUGAAAUAAUUAUUAAGUAUCUGUGCAAUGCUUUCGUCUAUGAUUUAAGUGUACUAGGUAAUAAUAAUAGACAUCGGCCUUGUGAUUUGUAGUAUACUAUCUAUAACAGAUCUGUGAUCUUAUUAUUUUUAUAUAACUAUAUUUACAUUUAAUUCAGCUAUAAGUAAUUUUAUAUAUUCAUUUAAUUAUAAAUGGUGCAGCAUAAGGAGUAGUAUAGCCUACCUACUGUUUACACAAAUAUUAAAUUUUUUGCAUA